GACGUCCUUCAAGUGCUGCUUCAAGGGAUUAGUCAGCAAUUAAAAGCCUCCGAACCGACAGCGUUCUUUAACAACAUUGCGGUCCGCAGUAGACGACAGAAUGCGCUUCCUGCCAGUGUUUGGUGCGGUGACUGGAGCUGUGGUUGCAGUUGCUGCCACCCCUGUGAUUCUGGGGGCAGUGGGCUUCACAAGUACUGGAAUAGCGGCUGGUACUAUUGCAGCAAAAAUGAUGAGCGCGGCAGCUGUGGCUAAUGGAGGAGGUGUUGCAGCUGGAAGCGCCGUGGCUGUCCUUCAAUCCGUUGGAGCAGCAGGACUGUCUACUACUGCUACUGCAGCCUUGGGGUCUGCAGGUGCUGCGGCUGGUGGAAUCUGUGCGUGGAGAUGAAAAAAAUGGCCUUGAAAAAAUUUUAAACAAAUGACAAUCCCUCCUAAAUUCUGAACCUGCUGAAAAAACUUUAAUUGAAAAUUCAUUAAAAUUGCUUAUCAAACAGUG